AUGUCCGCUACUACUAGGAGCCCAAGAACACAGACCGAGCCUACAAAGGCCUACAAGGAGUGGUCUACGGUAGACCCGAGCAAGAUCCUAAUCCCGAUAUGCCUUGUACACAACAAAGAACAAGAAGAACAGAACAAGAAGAAAACAGAAGAGCUAAAUGCUCUUCUAGAGUCUACGACUGCUCGCAUCGCACAGAUCGAACAAGAGAAGAGAGAGCAAGAGGAAGCCAGCCCUUACGCACACGAAACAGUCUUCUACGCGCAGCAAGAGACCGCGGCCCUUUACUACCAGAUGAAGACGUUGGAAGAACAGGUGCCUAAGGCCCCUUUCAAACAGGGAGCAGAGGAUCCAAUGCUCUCUAUCGAGUACCCGAUCGACGAAUUCGUAGAGCCUAUGGAUCUAGAGUAG